AUGGGGCGGUGGUGUUCGCCGGCGUCGGCGGAGCCGCGGUCGGUGCAGCUGCUCCUGCUGGGCGUCGCCCUCGUCGCCGCCUCCUUCUACGCCGGCACCCUCUUCCAGUCCUCCGCCUCCCCCGCGCUCAUAUUGCCCCCUUCUGUCUCCCGGUCGCCCGGUUCAUCCAAUCCCCAAGAUGCUUCAGAGUUCACAAACAAAGUUGGUGUUACUUAUCGAACGGCGUCAAUCUCAGUUCCUGAUUAUGGACUUGAUGUGUGCCCUUUGGAAUACAACGAGUAUAUUCCCUGUCAUAAUGCCGCCUAUAUAAGAAGCUUAAGGAACCUGGAUAGAUCUAGACACGAGGAUCUUGAAGCUAAAUGCCCUCCACGAGAGGAGAGCUUGUUCUGUUUGGUGUCCCCACCAAAUGACUACAAGAUACCGAUAAGAUGGCCAACAAGUCGGGACUAUGUAUGGCGUAGUAAUGUGAACCAUUCACACCUUUCUGAGGUAAAAGGAGGACAGAAUUGGGUGCAUGAGAAUGGUAAGCUUUGGUGGUUUCCUGGCGGUGGCACUCACUUCAAGCGUGGUGCAUCAGAAUACAUAGAGAGGCUAGGAAAUAUGACAACCAAUAGUACUGGUGAUCUCCGUUCCGCAGGAGUUGUUCAAGUUUUGGAUGUUGGAUGCGGUGUUGCCAGCUUCUCUGCUUAUCUUCUUCCCCUAGAUAUUCAUACUAUGUCAUUCGCGCCAAAAGAUGGCCAUGAGAAUCAAAUCCAGUUUGCUUUAGAGCGUGGGAUCGGUGCAAUGAUCUCUGUGUUGGCCACAAAGCAAUUGCCAUAUCCUGGAAAUUCAUUUGAAAUGGUUCAUUGCUCCCGAUGUCGUGUUGACUGGCAUGAAAAUGAUGGAAUAUUGCUCAAAGAGGUCGAUCGUCUUUUGCGACCUAAUGGAUAUUUUGUAUAUUCUGCCCCACCAGCUUAUAGAAAAGAUAAAGAUUUCCCUAUUAUUUGGGAGAAGCUAAUUAAUAUCACAUCAGCAAUGUGUUGGAAGCUUAUUGCUAAGCAUGUUCAGACUGCUAUAUGGAUCAAACCUGAAGAUGAAUCUUGCCGACAGAAAAAUGCUGAUACGGGGAUCCUGAAUAUCUGUGACCCCAGUGACACUUCUUCAUGGCAAGCUCCAUUAAUGAACUGUAUUCGGUUGAACACGGACCAAUCAAAAAUUCAGAAACUGCCUUCCAGACCUGAACGCCUGUUAUUUUAUUCGAGGAGUUUGGAAAUAAUAGUUUGGGUGUGGCAUUUCACAAAUAUGACAUGUUACUUCUUGAAGCACACAAAUAUUUCUGUAAAUUGCAGAUGUACCAUCUGUGAUUUAAAUUGUACUAAUAAUUUUUUAGGAGUUACUCCAGAGAAGUUUGAGAAUAAUAACCAGUUCUGGCGGGACCAGGUUCGCAAGUACUGGUCAUUUCUUGGUGUUGAAAAGACUAGCAUACGGAAUAUCAUGGACAUGAAUGCUAAUUAUGGUGGAUUUGCUAUGGCACUAAGCACUGACCCUGUCUGGAUUAUGAAUAUAGUACCCUAUACAACCAUCAACACACUGCCUGCUAUCUAUGACCGGGGGUUAAUUGGUUCCUACCAUGACUGGUGUCAGCCAUUCUCAACAUAUCCUAGGUCAUAUGAUUUGCUACAUGCUUUCCACCUCUUUUCACAUUAUCAAGGUCAUGUAGGAGGUUGCUUAUUGGAAGAUAUCAUGCUAGAAAUAGAUCGCAUCAUUCGUCCACAGGGUUUUAUCAUUAUCAGAGAUGAGAAUACCACUCUCUCAAGAAUCAGUGAUCUCGCACCAAAGUUCCUAUGGGAUGUCACCACUCACACGUUGGAAAAUGAGGAAAACAGGCCGGAGCAGGUGUUGAUUUGUAGGAAGAAAUUCUGGGCUAUAGUUUGA